CAUUGCUGUCAGUUGUUUGUGUCUGAAUUGCUCAAAAUUAGGAGUCACCCAAAAACACGACUAUUUCUCUCCAGGGCACAGACGACGACGAGGUUGGGACGAAAAAAAUGCAAAGUGCCUCUUUCUAGGAGUCGCGAUGCUAUCAAAAAUUCUACGUAAAUAUGGCACACUGAACCAAUUGCUUGGCAAUCACCACACAUCGCAUGGCAGCCCCAAUCCCCGGAAAUCGGGAUGCAGUUGCGGUUGCGGAUGCGGGGACUUUCAUCGCGAGCUGCACGACUGGGAUCGCCAGAGUGCGGCGCACGAUCAGCGAAGGAAGACCAUUCCGAAGCUGGUCUAUCUGCACAAUCCGUGGAAGUACCUGGUGACCAAGUUCAAUCUGUGGAAGCUCAAGUGGCUCUGGGACCGGGACUUCAGCGAGCCUGACUUUCUGGAGGGCGCCAAGCAGGCGGCCAUCGUGAUGACGGACAUCAUCCGGCAGCAGAGUGCGGAGCGGAUCAGCGAGUUCACCACGCCGGUGGGCUUCCAGCAGAUCACCCGGGACAUGCUGCUCUCGCGGAACGACACCCGCCUCCAGUUGGUCAGGUUCGAGCGGGAACACCUGCGCCGAGCGAUUCCCAUGAAGGUGGCCACGCGCCAGAAUUUCGGCAGGAAGUACGCCUUCAUAGACAUGUUGUUCGUGGGUCUGCGCAACACCAAGGACUUCGACACGGCCACCGAGGUGGUGGAGGUCAGCGAGAUCAUCCGUCGGAUGGACAACGAACUCAAGACGCCGCCGGAAGUGGUGGCAGUUCCACAUCGGAUUGUCUUUGCCGAGAUCUUCAUUCGCUUUCGGAGGGACUAUACGGCUGAUACAAGACGGGGACCAGCCCAGAACUUCCCCUUCAAUUCGCAGUUUAAUGCUCCAACAGCAACUCCACCGCCAGUGGCCAAUGCCAAGCCACUGCAACAGUCCUUUAUACAAUCUGCACUGGAUCCCCUGAGAUCCCAGGCCCAGAAUUCAAACCAAGCUACGGCAUCUCUGCCGCUCACCGGAAGAAUCGUGCCCCGCAUGGACGAUGUGGGCUGGUCGGUGUCCUUCUACAAGAUCCUGACCUUCGACGUCCUCAACUACGAUCCGCAGAACAGGAGACACCAGCACCAUCAGUCCCACGAUAAGCCUUAGUGUUAAUAGUGUAAUCAGUGAUUGGUAUUCCUCUGGAAAUUCAACCUUUUCGUGCAGUGGAUAUAGUAAUGACCGAAAACUUUUAUUUAACAAAAUCUAACAGCUUAUAAUAAAUCGAAAUAUGCAUCUUA